AUGCUUCCCAAAAAACAUUUAUCUGGUUUCCAGAAAAGAACAAAGAGGAAAAGAAUAGAUAAGUUUAUUGGAACUCAGAAGGGAGCUAUGCGUAAAUUUGCUGUGAGGAGGGACACUGCUGAUAAUCUUGAUGAAUUAGAUGGCAUUGGUGCUGAAGAACAACAACCUGUUGAGAAUGAGACCACAAUUGAGGAAAACAAUGCCCAUGAGACUCCUAUAAAUUUGAGUGGCCGUGAGAAUCCUACAAGUGUUGAUGAACAAGGAUCUUCUUGUUUUGAUAUCUAUGACCCUAGGAACUGGGACGCUCUUGACAAUAAAGCAAGAGAUAUUCUGAUUGAAAAAGGGCCUACAAGGGAAUACAAUCUUGUAUUCAAAACGGAUAAUAUUGGAAGACAUUUUUCGUAUGCUUACUACUCAAGAAAGCUUAGUAAUGGGGAGGUCAGUGAUCGGAAGUGGUUGGUGUACUCUAAACAUGUGAAUAAAGUUUACUGUUUUUGCUGCAAAUUGUUCAAGUCUGAAAGUAGCAAAAGUUUACUAGCAUCUGAAGGACUAAUGGACUGGAAGCAUCUAAGUGAGAAGCUCAAACUUCAUGAGAAUAGUAUUGAGCAUAUCACUAACAUGAAUACUUGGAAUGAGGUAAGACCGAGGCUAAGUAAAAAUGUGACAAUUGAUAAAGAUAUGCAACAAGAAAUUGCAAAGGAGAAAGAGCGAUGGAGACAAGUUCUGAUUAGAAUUGUUGUUGCAGUGAAGUUUCUUGCCAAGCAUAAUUUGGCUUUUCAAGGAUCAAAUGAGAAACUAUACCAAGUUAGCAAUGGAAACUUUUUGGGAGUAAUUGAAAUGAUAGCAGAAUUUGACCCAGUUAUGCAAGAUCAUCUUAGGCACAUUUAG